GGAGCACUAGGCUGGGGAAGGUGGAAUGCCACCAUUACAUAAAACAGCAAUCUACACAGGCGAGCCUCAAAGAACCAGGUGACCACCUCUCCAAAGACCUUCAGCUGCAGGUCUCUCUGAGAAGCAUUAAUAAUGGUUCCUACCAAGGCACUUUCUAUAUACCAGGAGUUGGAUACCAGCCUGGGCAACAUGGCGAGACCCCGCCUCUACGAAAAAUCCAAAAAGUAGCUGGGCGUGGUGACGCGUGCCUGUGGUCCCAGCUAUUCAGGAGCCUGAGGCAGAAGAAUCGCUUGAGCCCGGGAGGCGGAGGUUGCCGUGAGGCGAGAUUGGUCGCUGCACUCCAGCCUGGGCGACAGAGCGAGACCCUGUCUUAAAAAAACAAAACAAAACAAAAAACCCUCUUCGCCUUUUUGUUAGGUACUGUGUGCCAUUAUUAGCAUCUCCAUUUCACAGGUGAAGAAACUGAGGCUCUUAAAAAGUUAAACAGGCCGGGUGUGGUGGUCAUGUCUGUUACCCCAGCACUUUGGGAGACAGAGGUGCAAGGAUCGCUUGAGAGCCCAGCAGUUGGAGACCAGCCUGGGCAACACAGUAGGACCCUAGUCUCUACAAAAAAAUGGAAAAGUUAGCCUAGUGCGAUGGCGAGCACCUCUAGUCCCAGCUACUCAGGAGGCUGAGGUGGGAGGAUCGCUUGAGCCUGGGGGCUGCAGUGAGUUGUAAUCGUGCUACUGUCCUCCUGUCCGUGCAGCAGAGCCUGAGACCCUGUCUCGAAGUAAAAUAAAAUAAAGUGCGAAGUUAACAACAACAAAAAACUCUUGCUGGUCACAAAACUUGGAGCUGAUGUCUGUGCUGUCCUCCGGCUCUCUGGUCCACUCAAGGAGCAGUAUGCUCAGGAGCAUGGCUUGAACUUCCAGAGACUCCUGGACACCAGCACCUACAAGGAGGCCUUUCGGAAGGACAUGAUCCGCUGGGGAGAGGAGAAGCGCCAGGCUGACCCAGGCUUCUUUUGCAGGAAGAUUGUGGAGGGCAUCUCCCAGCCCAUCUGGCUGGUGAGUGACACACGGAGAGUGUCUGACAUCCAGUGGUUUCGGGAGGCCUAUGGAGCCGUGACGCAGACGGUCCGCAUUGUAGCAUUGGAGCAGAGCCGACAGCAGCGGGGCUGGGUGUUCACGCCAGGGGUGGACGACGCUGAGUCAGAAUGUGGCCUGGACAACUUCGGGGACUUUGACUGGGUCAUCGAGAACCAUGGAGUUGAACAGCGCCUGGAGGAGCAGUUGGAGAACCUGAUAGAAUUUAUCCGCUCCAGACUGUAGUCACUAGGUUCUAGGAGUGAGCUGGGGCCUGCUGAGGUGGGGGUGGGGCUGACUCUGCAAGAUGGGGGGUCCCCUGAUCCUGGCCGAGGUGAGGAACAGACAGAGGGGGGUCUAGAUUCUGAGGGGGUUGGUGGAUAUUGGGCAAGGCAGGAAACCUCUGGAGACCUCAUUUUCUCCAUGGGGAAGACAGCCAUGCUCUUCAGGAGGAGACUCCAAGGGCAAAGGACUGUGUCUUGGCUGUGCUUGAAGGAGAAACCCUGCCAUAUCCCCAGUGCCAGUCCCCUCAGCCUGUGGCGGCCUUACAUCCUGACUGGAUGUUCUCAGCCCCUUGUUCUGGGCAAGAACCCAGGGCUCCCCAGUGUCGAUACUAAUAAACCUCUUUGGAGCACA